AUGUCGCAAGAAAAUGAAAAUAUUAGUGAAUGGUGUUUAAUUGAAAGUAAUCCCUGUAUUUUUUAUGAUAUGCUGCAAAAAAUGGGAGCUAAAAGUAUUUCAGUAGAAGAUGUUUAUGGUUUAGAAUACUUUGAUGACUAUAUAAUUAAUAAAGAAGAAAUAAAUAUUAAUCAUAUUUUAAGUAUAGAAGAAUAUAAGAAUGAAAAAGAAAAAUUAGAAAAAAUUAAUGAAAAAAAGAGUGAACAAAGAUUUUAUAACGAUAUGUGUAUAGAAACAAAAUAUAAUAAAUUAUUAAAGAAUAACACAUAUAUAUAUGGAAUUAUAUUUUUAUUUAACAUUGGAAAUGAUUAUAAUAAUGAUAAAUAUAUUGAACAUAAUGUACCUGAAAAUUUAUUUUUUGCAAAACAAGUUAUACCAAACGCUUGUGCUACUCAAGCUAUAUUAUCAAUUGUUUUAAAUAAAGAUAUUGAAUUAAAUGAAGAAAUAAAAAAUAUGAAAAAUUUUAGUAAACAUUUCGAUAGUUCUAUGAAAGGGUUAACAUUAUCAAAUUGUAACUUUCUUCGUAAUAUUCAUAAUUCUUAUAAAGUUCCUAUAUAUAUAGAUAAAGAAGAUUUUUAUGACGAUAAAAAAAAUACCGAUGCUUUUCAUUUUGUUUCAUAUAUUCAAUAUGAUAAAUCGGUGUAUUUAUUAGAUGGUUUACAAAAGGGACCUGUUUUAAUUAAAAAUGAAGAUACUGAACUAAAUAAGGAUUGGAUAGAUAUUGUUAGGGGUGAUAUUAAAAAAGAAAUAGAAAGAAUAUGUAAUUCUAAAAAUGAAAAAGAUAAUAGAUUUAAUAUUUUAACUGUAAUUAAAGAUAAGGAGUAUAUAAUUCAAAAUUUCAUAAACAUUCAUAGGAUUAUCAGACAACGAACAAAUAUUAAAUUAAUAGGUUUAGGAGAAAAUAUUGAAUUAACUGAUGAAAUCAAUGAAGAUGAUUUUAGUUUUUCGAAUUUACCUACUAUAGAGGAUUUACCUAAUGAUUUAAGUGAAUUAAAUCGUAUUUUACAAAAAUCAACCUUAGAAAUUAAUUAUUUAGAAAAUCUUUUAAAUGAACAAAUAGAAAUGAAAAAGUUGUGGCACAAAGAACUCACUUUCAAGUUUUUUAAUUUUUAUCCAUUUAUUAUGUCUUCACUUAAUCUUAUGGCUAAACAUAAACUUCUAAAAGAAAGUUAUCAAAAAGAAAAAUUAAAGAAAUCAACAGGAUAA